AUGAUGGCAACAAACACUUUGAAUAACUGGACAGUUGAAGCAGUGUUGGAAGAAUCAUUCAGAAAUGCGGUAAUACUGCAAGAAGCAUACAUCUGUGAGGUGUUGGAUAAGAAAUGUACAUCUACUUUAGUGAAAGAAGUACCGAAAGUGUUCCCUAUGUUACAACACCGACAUUUAAGACGAGUGCGAACUAAAGAUGGUGUUAUGCACAUUUUGAUUUGUCUCGCUUCUCAGGUGAAAGAUAUUAACAGUGUAUUUGAGUUAUUAAAAUUGAGUAGUAUCAACAUAGAGUGUUUGGGUCCACCAGAGUUACAUAAAGUUUCUGACUCGCCACCCCUCACAAGGGCACAAUUCAUUGAGGGAUCCCAACACUGGCCUAGUUCAUUCCAUGAGGAUAAACAAUUGGAAAGAGUAUUAAAAGGAGAGUUAUUCCCUAUAGAAGAUUUGAAGCGUAUAGAGCAGCAUAUGGUUGAAGCUAUCAAAAUGGCUGAAAUCGCAAGAAGUAAUGGUUAUUAUGCAAUGGGUGUUGUUGUCGUGGAUCCAAGUGAUGAUGAGAUUAUGGUAAAAUGUCAUAGCCUUUGUCCAGUUGAUGCAUCAAACAUUAACUCAGUAGAGUUGCACCCACUGCAGCACACACCUAUGAUAGCCAUAGAUCUUGUUGCCAGGGGUCAGGGUGGAGGUAUUUGGAAAUAUGACACAAAUAAAUUCUAUUGUAAAUCAAACCCUACCAAAGCUCAUGAUAAGGAGGGUCCUUACCUAUGUACAGGGUAUGAUGUGUAUUUAACAAAGGAGCCAUGUAUUAUGUGUAGUAUGGGUCUCCUUCACUCACGUAUAGGGAGAGUUUUCUAUGGUGAGGCCUCCAAAGAGGGGGCCCUUGGGAGUCGAUACAAGCUCCAUGUACAACAAGGCCUUAAUCAUCAUUUUAAGGUAUUCAGAGGUAUUUUGUCAAAUAAAUGUAAGGCACUUGAGAUGUCUUGAUAUUAGUAUGUAUACAGCGUGUUUCAUAUGUAUGCACCCCCCCUCAUAAACUCAUACAUGUAGCAUUGCCA